AUGCCAGCCGGCUGCCUGCUCACACUUAUGUUGACUGUGGGUCUGCUGGCCGUGGUCGUCUAUCUCUACACCGUGGUGGCCUUCAACUUCUUCAGGAAGUUCUACAACGGGGGGGAUGAGGACGAGCCCGACAUGAAGUGUGACGACAUGUUGACGUGCUACUUGUUCCACAUGUACGUGGGUGUGAGAGCUGGAGGCGGUAUCGGCGACGAGUUGGAGGACCCAGCUGGAGACCCCUACGAGCUUUACCGCAUCAUGUUCGACAUCACCUUCUUCUUCUUCGUCAUCGUCAUCCUGCUCGCCAUCAUUCAGGGUUUGAUCAUUGAUGCCUUUGGAGAGCUGAGAGACCAGCAGGAGCAGGUGAAGGAGGACAUGGAGACUAAGUGCUUCAUCUGUGGCAUCGGGAACGAUUACUUUGACCGGACGCCUCACGGGUUCGAGACCCACACCUUACAAGAACACAACCUCGCGAACUACCUGUUCUUCCUCAUGUACCUCAUCAACAAGGAUGAGACUGAACACACGGGUCAGGAGUCCUAUGUGUGGAAGAUGUACCAGGAGAGAUGCUGGGACUUCUUCCCGACUGGAGACUGCUUCAGGAAGCAGUACGAGGACCAGCUGGGUUAGAGAGGAUCAGCCUCUCUGCUUCCCUCUAUCUGAAAGAGACACUGAGCUUGACUUGCCCCUGUUACCAGAACCUGAACACUCGCUGGACUUUCUCUGCUGCCAUGGUGUUGAGAAAAAAAAUAGUCAUUCAUUUUGAAUUCACAAAAAAAUCAUGUCUAGAAAAAUGAUUUGAAGACGUGCGACUGACGACUGGACAUUUGGGGUUUGUGCAUCCUCUUCCUUGUUACCGAAAAGUCACUUGCCACGACGCGUCUUUUAUGCAAAUUAUUUUGAUUCACAUUGCCUUUUUCUUGCUUAACCCCAACCUCUUGCACAAUUUGUUGUGUGUAGACAUUUGAUACAUGCGAAGGGUUACAGCAUGACAACUGAAUGUUUGAAUAUGCACAAUUUCUACAUUACCGCCAGGAUGUUUGAGUCACGUGUUACCGAACCACCUGAAUGGAUGUGUGCUGCUAGUGAUGAUCCUGCUAACAUCAAACCACACAGUGAGUGAGACCUGAUCUGCCUUUUCAAAUCUGUCCGAUGAAACGCUACAGAGGAUGGUUCUUCCAGGACCAGAGACGUCUCACUUAAGAUGUUUUAUCAAGUGCCGACGUGCCUUAAGAGAAACUAUGCAAAAAAACAUUUAUCAUUUUCGUCCCUCCUGACACAAGCAGUGCGUUAGCUCUGGUUUAGAAUCAGCUCAAGCUAGUUUUGUGGCUUUUAAAACGAUUACAUUAUCAAGAGAGAACAUUUGUUUUAUGAAAUUUAGAUCAUCCUCGUGUAAAUGUGGCUUGGUUUGGUUUUAUUUCUAAGUUGUGGUGUCCUGCCCUCUUACAGUAGAAGGGCCCCAAAAAGAGAAAACACAAAAAAACUAAUCUUGGUUCAAGUAUUUAUUGACGACUAAACAGUUCACUGCUAUUGUAAUGACACUUCUAUGUAUGUAGUAGCUUUGGUCAUCUGCACUUCUUUUGAUGAGGGGGAGGAAAUGAAUAAAGAAGUUGACGCAAUAAA